ACGGAGGUUUUUAAUUCAAUUUACCGAGGAUUAGCUUUGGGGACCAUUUCACACAUAGCAACUGCUUGGAUUUUGAGAUAUUUUUGAGUACAGUACGUAAAAAAUCGAACGAAAAAAACCGCGUCAAAAUGUAUAAACAUUACAUCGAACAAUUGGAAAGCUUCAAUAAGAGGGAACCGCCCGUGCGGAAAUUUGAACCCCAGAUGCAAGGGACGGAAUUGGAACAAUUGUGGGCAAAUCUAAGCAGAGGAGAGAGCAAGUCUUUGCUGAAGAAACACUUAACGCCGGAAAGAUACAAGAUACUUAAGGAUAAAAAAACAAAACUUGGGGGCACACUAGCUGACUGUAUUCGCUCAGGUGCCUUGAACUUGAACUCGGGGGUUGGAGUGUACGCCUGUGACCCCGAGGGAUAUGAGGUGUUCAAGGAGCUCCUGGACCCAGUCAUCAUGGACUACCACAAGGUCGACAAGGUAGAGCACCCCCCAUGUGACUUUGGCCCCCAGGACAAGCUGGGAUUCGACCCACUAGACGCAACUGGCGAGUUCAUCGUAUCCACCCGUGUGCGUGUGGGUAGGAGUCAUGAGGGGUACCCCUUCCCACCCGUCUCCACAGAUGAGCAACGCAAGGAAAUGGAAAAUAAAACCAUUGCCGCUCUAAAUACCCUGGAGGGAGAGCUGAAGGGGAAAUACUACUCCCUGGAAACCAUGACCCCCGAGGAGAACCAGCAGCUCAUUGAUGACCACUUCAUGUUCAAGAAUGACGACAAGAUGCUGGGAGAUGCCGGUGGUUACAAUGGCUGGCCCAAAGCCAGAGGAAUCUUCUUCAACGACAACAAAACUUUCCUGUGCUGGAUCAAUGAGGAGGAUCAUCUUCGCUUCAUCUCCAUGCAGAAGGGAGGUGAUGUGGGGGAGGUCUACAAACGCCUCGUUUCUGCCAUCAAGCAACUGGAGAAGAAGCUGACCUUCGCCUACAGUAAACGCCAUGGUUACCUUACCUUCUGUCCCACCAACCUGGGAACCACACUCCGAGCCAGUGUACACAUUAAAGUCCCAAAACUCGCCAAGAACGAGGAAGUCCUGAACAAGAUCUGUGCAGACAACAAACUCCAGCCUAGAGGAAUCCAUGGUGAGCACACAGAGAGUGUGGGAGGAGUGUACGACAUCUCCAACAAGCGCCGCCUCGGUCUCACUGAGUACCAAGCCAUGCAGGAAAUGUACAAUGGAAUCAAGGAAAUCAUCCAGGCUGAGAAGAACGCCAAGUUAACAAUUUCUAAGAUGUCGCUGGAGGAAUUGUGGAACAAACUGAAGAAUGCAACCGACUGCAAGUCUCUGCUGAAGAAACAUUUGACCCCGGAGGUUUACCAGCAGCUCAAGGAUAAGAAAACAAAGUUCGGUGGAACACUCAUCCAUUGUAUUCAGUCAGGCUGUAAGAACCUGGACAGCGGCUGUGGGAUCUACGCCAGUGACCCCGAGGCCUAUGACGUGUUUAAGGAGGUGCUCCACCCAGUCAUACAGGACUACCACAAAGUGCCCGAGAUCAAGCACCCUCAACCAGACUUUGGCGAUUUGAACAACCUCGGAUUCGGCGACCUUGACCCGAGCGGAGAUUUCAUCGUCUCCACACGGGUCAGGGUCGGACGUAGCCACGCCAGCUAUGGGUUUCCACCAGUGGUCAAUGCUGAGCAACGCAAAGAGAUGGAGAAGGUUUCUGUGGAUGCUUUGAAUUCUUUGGAGGGAGAGCUGAAGGGGAAAUACUACUCCCUGGAAACCAUGACCCCCGAGGAGAACCAGCAGCUCAUUGAUGACCACUUCAUGUUCAAGAACGACGAUAGGUUUUUACAGGAUGCCGGGGGCUACAACGAUUGGCCCAUUGGCAGAGGGAUCUUUUUCAACAACAACAAAACCUUCCUGUGCUGGGUGAAUGAGGAGGACCAUCUCCGUCUGAUCUCCAUGCAGAAGGGGGGCGACCUCGCCGCCGUCUGGAAACGUCUCAUCAAUGCGAUCCAGGAGAUGGAGAAGAAGCUGACCUUCGCCCACCACGAUCAGCUUGGCUACCUCACCUUCUGUCCCACCAAUCUAGGAACCACCUGCCGGGCAAGUGUCCACAUCAAAAUUCCCAAACUAGCGGCCGAACCCGACUUCAAGGAGUUCUGCGAGAAACUCAACCUUCAGCCUAGAGGAAUCCACGGAGAGCACACGGAGAGUGUGGGAGGAGUGUAUGAUAUUUCCAACAAGCGCCGCCUGGGAUUGAGUGAAAUUGAGGCUAUUCAGGAAAUGAGGCGCGGAGUGGAAGAAAUCAUCAAGCGUGAGAAGGCAUUGCAGGGAAAGUAAAAGAAAAAACCAAAUAUAGUCCUGGAAAUUGUUCUGAACUGUGAUAUCUUUUAUUCUAUUCUGUCAUUUUAUUUCGUAAAUUAUCUAUAUUCAAUUGUUUUCGAUUUAUCAAAUUUUCGUUAUACAAGUUAUUU